AUGUCUACCGAAUACACUCCGGAUUCCAACGUCGAGAGCAGACUGCAAGAUGAUUCAUACGCAACUCAGACCAACGAGCCAGUUCCAGUGCAGAGCGACAAUAAGGGAGUUGAAGAUCCAAUAAAUGCAUCACGUGCUGAUUCUGAUCAACAAUUGGAACAAGAUGAUAAGGAGGCUAUUGACAAGUCGAACAUCGUGGACGAACGUACUCGGGGUGCUAAGCCAAUGGGAACAUAUAGGGAGCCGGGGGAUAAGGUAGCUGGGUUAGAAUAG